AUGGACAAGUUCCAAGCCUUUGGGAAGAACAUAACGUCUUCGUUCUCCCCUUUCGCUGCUCGGACUCAACAGUACGUCAAAGAGCAGCUAGGCACUGCUGACGACAAGACUGAGCUCCCACCGGACUACAUCGAGCUCGAGAAGCGCGUUGAUGCCCUCAAACAGGUACACCAGAAGCUUCUUCAAGUCACCUCGCAAUACUCAAACGAAGCCUAUGACUACCCUCCCAACAUCCGCGAGUCCUUCAACGACCUUGGACGUACCAUAACCGAUAAAGUCAACCUCCUUUCCCACGCCAAAUCCCCCGCCGAAGCCCAAGCAGCUUUCACCGCUCCCCCUAGCGCAAAGCCCCAGCCGAAGACCUUCCCCCAUGCUAUCGCUCGCGCCUCCCUCGCCGGCAGUCAGUUGCUCAUCCAGACCAAUCCAUCCUCGUCAAGUGGCGAAGACCCACUAGCUACCGCUCUCGAGAGAUAUGCCUUGGCGAGCGAGAAGGUGGGAGAAGCCCGCUUGGCGCAAGACCAACAGAUUCAGCAGAGAUUCUUGGCAGGUUGGAGCACUACGCUGAACACGAAUUUGAUGUUUGCAACCAGGGCGAGGAGGGGUGUGGAGAAUGCGAGGUUGGGGCUCGACGCUACGAAGGCCAAGGGGAAGGGUGGAAAGGGGGAGGAGGAUCUGCCGAUGAGUGAUGAGCAUAGAGCUGAGGUGGAGAGGAAGGAGGAUGAGUUUGUGGGGGUUACCGAGGAAGCAGUGGGUGUGAUGAAGAAUGUCCUUGACACGCCGGAGCCUCUACGCAACCUCGCGGAUCUUAUCGCUGCGCAGCUGGAAUAUCACAAAAAGGCCUACGAGAUUUUGAGCGAGCUGGCACCUGUUGUUGACGGGCUUCAGGUUGAGCAAGAGGCGAGCUAUAGGAAGAGCCGUGAUGGCAGUUGA